CUCAUUCGGCAUUUACGAAGUUCCGCAACACUCAACGGUCAGCAACACCAACCAUCCAACAAACCAGACACCUCGAUUUCAUCGAAACCCCCGGCACAAAAGCAGACAGACGCUCACAUUUCAUGUAAACGCUCCAACGAAACCUCGCUCUUCUGUCCCCAACACACCUCAGCGCAAGUCGGAGAGUUUUGUGUCGGUUUCUGGUGAUUUGUAUCUGAAAUGGCCACGACUGUAGCACCCGGAUCACACAUGGCAGCGGUGAAGCCUUGCAUGUCGUCCUCUCAAGGAAUUUAUAUGUCAUGCCUUGCAAAGUUUGGUAAAAACAGCGAGUUGGGGGUUUGGAGAAGGCUUAAGAGUUCUUCUCACAUCUCAGCAACACGGUCAUUCUCCCAGAGCUUGAAAUCAGGGCCUGUGAAAUCCAUAGAGGUUGUCACAAGAGCAAUGUCAGGAGUAGCUGAGAACACUCCACUGCCAGGAUUGCCUAUUGAUUUGAGAGGAAAGAGAGCAUUCAUAGCUGGUGUGGCUGAUGACCAUGGAUAUGGAUGGGCAAUAUCAAAAGCUCUUGCUGCUGCGGGAGCUGAAAUUCUAGUUGGUACAUGGGUGCCGGCACUUAACAUUUUUGAAUCCAGUUUAAGGCGUGGAAAGUUUGAUGAGUCACGCACACUGCCAGAUGGCUCUUUGAUGGAAAUUACCAAGGUUUACCCAUUGGAUGCAGUUUUUGACAGUCCCGAGGAUGUUCCUGAAGAUAUAAAAACCAAUAAACGCUACUUGGGGUCCUCAAAUUGGACUGUUAAGGAGGUGGUUGAAUCUGUAAAGCAGGAUUUUGGCAGCAUUGACAUCCUUGUCCACUCACUUGCCAAUGGACCAGAGGUUACCAAACCUCUUUUGGAGACGUCAAGACAUGGAUAUCUUGCAGCCAUCUCUGCAUCAAGUUACUCAUAUGUUUCUUUACUCAAGCAUUUUGCUCCAAUAAUGAACCCAGGUGGUGCUUCACUCUCUCUAACAUACAUUGCUUCAGAAAGGAUCAUUCCAGGAUAUGGUGGAGGCAUGAGUUCAGCGAAGGCUGCUCUAGAGAGUGACACACGUGUGCUGGCCUUUGAAGCUGGAAGAAAGCACAACAUUAGAGUCAACACAAUAUCUGCAGGACCAUUAAGAAGUCGUGCGGCAAAGGCAAUUGGAUUCAUUGAUAUGAUGAUUGAUUACUCGUCGGAAAAUGCACCCUUGCAGAAGGAAUUAUCUGCAGAGGAGGUGGGGAACGCUGCUGCCUUCCUAGCAUCGCCAUUGGCAUCAGCCAUCACCGGGACUGUCCUAUACGUCGACAAUGGCCUGAAUGCGAUGGGAGUUGGAGUCGACAGCCCAGUUUUUGAAAAGCUUGAUAUUCCAAAGGCCGCAAAGUAGCUCCUGUGCUAGCGCUAUAGAGGUCAAAAAUAACAAGGGUGUUUUCCUUCGAGAACUGAGGGUAGUAGGGUCUUUUUAGUUGGAAUCCAUUUUUGGUGUUGACAUUGUUCUGCUGUAUGCUGAAUCAAAAAUAACAUUGUUGGUGUAAUUGUUAUUCAGAACCAAAAUGAAGGGUGCAAUGAAAUUUCCACCAUUCCUGA